UGUAUUGCAGAAAUUUUUGGAUGGUUCGAAAUUAAAAAGGCACUUUCUUAUUCACACUGGGGAAAGAGAUUUUGUAUGUCCUUAUGAAGGCUGUGGCAUUUUCCCUGGAUUUCAACUUGAGGUCCCACAUGAAAACACACUCUCAAGAGAACUAUCAUAUUUGCCCAUACUCAGAUUGUGGAAAGAGAUAUGCUCACGAGUACAAGCUUAAGAACCACAUUGCAUCGCAGCAUGAAAAGAAUGCGGCAGUUGAGGUGACGAAGUACACACCACCUCCGGAGAAGAUCACUACUAAAGCUUCUAAGCCUUCCAGUGGAGCUUAUGGGUCGGCAUCAUCUGACCGCCCUUAUGCUUGUCCGUAUGAGACGUGUGACAAGGCUUACAUUCAUGAGUACAAGCUCAAACUUCACUUGAGAAGAGAGCAUCCCGAGUACAUGGCUGAUGAGAAUGCUGAGAAUGCCACACGCAAUGCAGAUCAUGAAAUGGACGAAGCUAGUGAUCAAGAAAAUUACAGCAGAAAGCGCACCAACGGGAAAAGCCAGAAACAAAGCAGACAGAAACCAAACUUGAAGACGCCCCCAGCAAAGUCCACUAAGAGGAAGGGUGCUGUCAGCCCUACUCCCGUAGCUUUGAAUGUGGCGAAGAAACCGUGGCCAGUUAAAGAAGACAUACACGAGGAAGAAGAUAGUGAAGAGACGGAAGAGGACCAAGAGAAUGUGGAGCGAUGGAGAUAUGCAGAAAACAAUGAGGACGACGAUGACCGAGUAUGAAGACUAGCGAGCUUUCUGCAGCAACAUAUGUAUUUAGAGGAAGGAUGGGUUUAUGAGGAGACGAGGAUAUCAAGAUUAGACCUAGAGGAUGCUGCCAUUAGCUCCACUGUGAAGCUCGAUUGCACUCUCUCUCCAUUACUCGCGGUUCCUCAAUGAGCCGCAUUCAUGUGUCAAAACAAAUCUGCAGCAGCAUUGUCGUAGGAAUUUUUUGACUUAAAUGGAUAGUGCAUAGAACCCUAACUAUGAAACCCAGCUAACGGCCAAACUGAGAUUGUGUCCAUCAGCAAAAAUUGUUUUCGUAGACGGUCCAGGGGAUUGUUCUGAAUCAAAUGAAAGCAAGGGAGGAUUUCGUAUUGGGAGUA